AUGCCCUAUAUCACCGAAAUUAUGGUAUUUUGCCUUGUUUUGGGAGAUGAUCUUAGUAGCAGGUUCGAAGUUAAUAUUAAUAUGGAAAGGACCGUUUCUGGUCUUCAGAAAAUAAUUAAGCAAGCAAAAGAAAAUGCCUUCACCACUAUUGACGCUGACAAACUUAAAUUAUGGAAAGUUGAAAUUCCUACCAGAGUUACAAAUAAAAAAUUGGAAAUACUUGAAAACAAACGUCACGAUCAAAUUGAUGUAGAAAGUGAUCUUGAUGGUAUACUUUUGCAACCAGAUGAUGUGGUUGAGGAACUUUUUAAUGAGCAGCCCCCUCCAAAGCACAUCCACAUCAUCAUACAACCCCCAAAUGACAAAUGGAAACUUCCGAUGAAGAUCAAGACAGAAAAAGAGGUAGUAGAGGAUAUACUGCUUGCAACAUUAACUGGUGACCUGACAUUACAAUCACCUGAUGUAAAAAAACUUUCCCACAAGUUUUAUGACCGUGAUCAAGCUUUGAAUUUAAUCCUGGAUGUUGCUCGCACAAACUACUCCGGGCGUGAAAGUUCUGACCACAAAGAUCACGAGUUUAUUCUAAUUCCUGGAGGAAUAGGAAUAGGAAAGACACGCAUGGGGUGGGAAUCACAACAUAUGUUUUCCCGUCUGAAACCAAAAGAUAGUGACGCUGAUGAUUUUAUUGAAGCUCUAAAGAAUCCAUGCUACAUCUUCGUUGACUUGAAUAAUGGAUGCAAAUAUAUUAAAGAGUUUGAUGAAAUUGUAGGAUCAAGUGUGCGAAUAGGGACUCGUCUUGCGGUAGCUUCAGUUGAGGCUAUUAUCAUCCAUCUUGACGAAUAUCAAUUUUAUAUUAAUGAUGUCCAAAAGUACCAACAAAAAUCAUGGGCAGAUGCUCGCGAUUAUUUCAAAUCAUUACUAAGAGAGAUCGGUAGUGUUAUGCGUGGUAACAUGAUGGUAAGAACGGAGAAUAAAUAUGCCGGAGACUCUUAUCAUGGGCUUGACGGCAAAUAUUUUAUAAUCCCGAUCUGUACUGGAACAUCUGCAAUUGACAUUCAUUUUUUACCUACGGAACAUACGAACAGAAUAUUGGAGCUCAACCCAUUAAAUUAUGACUCAGCAAAGUCAAUGUUUCUUGAUAAGUAUGAAUAUUCGAGACAAACAACCGAAGCAGGAAGAAAUUUAGUGGUUCAGGGUCUUAAAUUAUAUUAUAUGUCUGAUCUUAGUAACGAAGAUAACGCAAGUCUUUCAACGAAGUUUUGUAACCUUAUCCUGAACCAACAACACUUUCGCAUUGCCAUUUAUGACACUGGUUUCAUUCCAAAGUUCAUUGAUGAUCUCUUAGGCCCUUCUGUCCUCACAUCAGAUUUUGAUUGGGGAAAUCAACUUUUCAAUAAAAUUUCUAAUCGGAAUAUUGCUAAGGUUGGAGAUAAUCCGGGUAACUGGGAAAGUUUAGAUGAUAUACGUACUGUAAUCUCAUUUGGGCUUACUAGGCAACUUGUUAAGCGAGACUUUCUAUUACCUAGCCUUACUUCCAUUGGUGAGCUUGAGCGAGCUGGUUUAGUUUAUCUCUCCAACUCUGAAGAUGAAUGGUAUACUAUUGUUAUGCCUUUCAUGAUACUGAAAGUACUUAACAUCAAGCUUCUUGUUUCUCAAGUAGAAACUGUGUUUCCAGACCAACUUCUUUUAAUUCCGACACAUGAUUCUCUUUGGCAAUGGCAAGACUUUGAACUUCUAUAUGUUUAUUACCAAAAAGCCAUUAUUGAUAGUUUGAUCGAAGUUCAGAAGUCAAUGAUUUCAUCAACUCAGCAUAAAAUCCAGUUACUUUAUUCGCACUUGCAACAAGAAGUUGAGGCAAAGAAACGAACACAAAUUGAUCAAAAAAUAAAGAUUCAAAAUGAAAAACUUACUGAUCAAAUGAACAUGAACUGGCGACUAUCUGAUGUAUUUCGUGGCGCAAAAGGCGAUGACACACUUCUUCAGCGAAGAGUUCGGUUAUACAAGCUCAAAGUUUUUACUGAAAAAGAAAAUUUUCUUCAACGGACAGACAGCAUUGCUAUUUUAAACAAAUCGAUAUUAUGCGAUGACAAUGUGACUCGCUCGUUUGAUGAAGGCAUUUUCCGCUGUCACCGAGGGUGUGCUAAUAUUGAUCACCGUUGGGUUCUUGAUUCUUCUAAUAGUGAAAAGAAAUUAGCAAUAUUCUUGCAAAUCAAGUAUUCGGAAUGCGAUGCAUCAACUACUAUUUCUACAUCAUUCAUUAAAAAAUGGUAUGAAACAACGAUGUCGUCAGUAAAAAAUUAUGAAGCUGAAUAUGAUGUGGUUCUUGUCUUGUUCACAAACCGACGUUGUUCAGGACAGCCCAAUUUUGGAAAAAUGCCUCAUCUGCUUCUUAUAUGUCUAGAAAAUAUCGAGUCGUAUCUUUCUCCGACAUUUGCCCAUCGUGGCUUAGUGGAUAGGCCAAGUGAAA